AUGGCUUCUGCUCUGCGCCUCGGUUCUUCCGCUCUGCGCGCCUCUACCAGGGCGCCCGCGCGCUCUGUCGCCUUCAACGGCCUGCGCUGCUACUCCAGCAAGACUUCCUCCUUGAAGGAGACCUUCGCCGCCAAGGUUCCCCAGGAGCAGGAGAAGAUCAAGAAGCUCAAGAAGGAGUAUGGCAGCAAGGUCCUCGGCGAGGUCACCCUCGACCAGGUCUACGGUGGUGCCCGUGGCAUCAAGGCCCUCGUCUGGGAGGGCUCCGUCCUCGACUCUGAGGAGGGUAUCCGCUUCCGCGGCAAGACCAUCCCCGAGUGCCAGCAGCUCCUUCCCAAGGCUCCCGGCGGCGAGGAGCCUCUUCCCGAGGGUCUUUUCUGGCUUCUGCUGACCGGCGAGGUCCCCUCUGAGCAGCAGGUCCGCGACCUCUCUGCCGAGUGGGCUGCCCGCUCCGACAUCCCCAAGUUCGUCGAGGAGCUCAUUGACCGCUGCCCCAACGACCUCCACCCCAUGGCUCAGUUCUCUCUUGCCGUCACUGCUCUUGAGCACCAGUCUGCCUUCGCCAAGGCCUACGCCCGCGGCAUCCCCAAGGCCCAGUACUGGGAGCACACGUUCGAGGACUCCAUGGACCUCAUCGCCAAGCUGCCCACCAUUGCCGCCCGCAUCUACCGCAACGUCUUCAAGGAUGGCAAGGUCGCUCCCGUCCAGAAGGACAAGGACUACUCCUACAACCUGGCCAACCAGCUCGGCUUCGCUGAGAACAAGGACUUCGUUGAGCUCAUGAGGCUCUACCUGACCAUCCACUCCGACCACGAGGGUGGCAACGUCAGCGCCCACACCACCCACCUUGUUGGCUCCGCCCUCAGCUCCCCCUACCUGUCCCUGGCCGCUGGUCUCAACGGUCUUGCCGGUCCUCUCCACGGUCUGGCCAACCAGGAGGUGCUCAACUGGCUCACCAAGAUGAAGAGCGCCGUCGGCAACGACCUCAGCGACGAGUCCAUCAAGGACUACCUGUGGUCCACUCUCAAGUCCGGCCAGGUCGUUCCCGGCUACGGCCACGCCGUCCUCCGCAAGACUGACCCCCGCUACGUCUCUCAGCGCGAGUUCGCCCAGAAGCACCUGCCCGACGACCCCAUGUUCAAGCUCGUCUCCCAGGUCUACAAGAUCGCCCCUGGUGUCCUCACCGAGCACGGCAAGACCAAGAACCCCUACCCCAACGUCGACGCCCACUCCGGUGUCCUCCUCCAGUACUACGGCCUCACCGAGCAGAACUUCUACACCGUCCUCUUCGGUGUCUCCCGCGCUCUCGGUGUCCUUCCCCAGCUCAUCAUCGACCGCGCCGUCGGCAUGCCCAUCGAGCGCCCUAAGUCCUUCAGCACCGAGGCCUACGCCAAGCUGGUUGGCGCUUCUCUGUAA